GUGAGAGGGCACACUAUAAAUAUUGCGCGGGACUUCUCCUUGUGCGCCCGGGUUCUUGCUUGUCGGAGACAAUCCGUUGUUGAUAACUCAGAUGGAUCCCUCCGAGGUUGAGUUUCUGGCUGAGAAGGAGAUGGUGACGAUAAUUCCCAAUUUCAGUCUCGACAAAAUGUAUUUGAUUGGGGGGGACCUUGGCCCUUUGAACCCCGGGCUGCCUGUGAAUGUGCCGCUUUGGCUGGCCCUCAACCUGAAGCAGAGGCAGAAAUGCAGGAUCGUGCCCCCAGAGUGGAUGGAUGUUGAAAAACUAGAGGAAAUCAGAGAGCAAGAAAGGAAGGAAGAGACUUUCACUCCGAUACCGAACCCGCACUACAUGGAGCUGACUAAGCUGCUCCUCAAUCAUGCAUCAGACAACAUCCCCAAAGCGGACGAGAUCCGCACCCUGGUGAAGGACAUCUGGGACACGCGCGUGGCCAAGCUGCGCCUGUCUGCCGACAGCUUCAUCAGUCAGCUUGAGGCCCACGCCAAGCUGGACAACCUGACGUUAAUGGAGAUCAACACCACACGGACAUUCCUCCUGGACUCUCUGAACUGCAUGUACAAACUGCGCACCAGCCUGCAGCCCCAGUCUGCUACUAAGGGAGGACACCAUUACUAGCAGGGAAGAUCUUGCAGGAAGACUGCAACAUGCAGUGUGCAGUGCUUAUUCAGGUCCCUGGUAAGCAGGCGUGUGGAGUCACGCUGCAUCAGGACCCCUGGUUGACCGCAUUCACCCUUUCAGUCGCAUCUUCUGAUUCCUGUGAUACUGAAACAUGACACUGUGUAACUUCUGUGGCAAGUUCUCUGUGUGAGCUCACCAGCGUCCCACUCUGAUGUGAUCGGUCUAGUUCCUGUAAUCCGCACCUUCAGUGGGUUUACUGGGCAAGAAUCAAACCACUCAUGUACAUUUUGUAAUUUAUUUCUUUUUGUCUGAAAUUACAGCAAUAUAUUCAUAAAUACCUAAUUACUACAUUCAACAAAGAAUAUAUUACAUUACAAUUAAUUCAAACAAGUACAAUUAAAAACAUGAUUUCACAGCA